AUGGACUGUGAGAUGGAGACGCAAGCCUCCAACCCCCCGGACGGCGGUGGUGGUGGUUCUCUGCACAGGGAAAAGCCCCCGGAAGGGGACGGGAAAACGCAUCGUAUGUCAUUCAGGGACAAACUCAUGGGAGGGGCGAAGGCUGAUGCCCCGAAGGAAAGAGUGGAUCUUUUUGAGCAGGGAAAGAUGAGAAUGGAAUUUGUGGGGGGUGACCCGAGACUACCAAGAAUUGUGGUGGAUAAGUCUGUCAUUGAGAACAUGUGUGCUCCUUGGAAAGAGGCCCUGGUGGUGUGCCUUCUAGGCAAAAAAUUGGGAUACCCGGUGAUGAAAGCUAAGCUGGCGUCUACCUGGAGAUUAUCAGGAGAUUUUGAAUUGUUGGAUGUGGGAAAUGGGUUCUUCAUGGUCAAGUUUGACGUGGUGGAGGAUCGUAAUAAGGUGAUUGGGGGAGGUCCGUGGAUGAUCUUUGAUCAUUAUCUAGCGGUAUCCACUUGGAGUGCGGAAUUCAUUUCACUAGCGGCAAAAGUGAAGAAGACUCUAGCCUGGAUUCGUAUCCCAGGAUUGAAUGUGGCUUUCUAUGACGAAAGCUUCCUGAUGUCUGUGGCUCAAGUGAUUGGUACGCCAAUUCGAGUAGAUAUCAACACGCUACGAGGUGAACGAGGUCGCUUUGCAAGGAUCUGUGUCGAACUGGAUUUAUCCAAGCCGGUCUACGGGAAAAUCAUGAUUGAGGAUUAUUGGUACAACAUAGAAUAUGAGGGUCUUCACAUCAUCUGCACCAAAUGUGGGUGCUAUGGACACAGGAGCAGGGAAUGCACCACUCCACCUCAAUCGAAGGUGAAAGAGAAAGAGCAAGCAGAACCGCAGGUGAAGGAGAACGGGAUGUCAGUUGAAGAGGGUGCUAACUCAACGCCGCCAGGCAGCGUGGCGGGCGGACACAAGGUGCAACCCGAGCCCAGAAACGACAUUGAAACGGUUGCCCAUGAGGUGAUGGAAUCUCCGACAAUUGUGGCAACCAAUAAUGAUGAUUGCAUGGAAGUUGCUAAUUCUAAGGAGGGGGGCCCACAGAAAAAGAUUUCAAAUUUGAAACCACCAGAGGAAAUAUUUGGUGAGUGGAUGGUGGUUUCAAAGAAGAAAAAGAAACUGACGAAACAGAUGGCUCAAAAAGUGGAAGUCAAAACCAAUAAAGACAAGGGAGUUAAUGCUAAUCAUGGGCAGCAUAAAUCAAAAACCAAUCAUGGGGCUCUAAAAUCCAAGGAGGUGAAGUCAAUGCUGCCUAGUCUUCAGCCUAAGAAUGUGCAAGGCUUGAAAUUUGGCAUUGGUAGUGGGCUCGCAACAACUUCAACAAGUGAUACAAAAAAGAGAAGGGCGCGUGGAGAAGAGUGGGAGACAGCGGUGCGUGAUAUGAAGGCAAAGGAAAUUAAAAUGGGGCCCUCAAGUAGUAACAAAAUUGUUUUUGGGGGUUCCAGUGAGAGUUUUGGAGAAAUAGAUGACUACAUGGCAAGGUUAAGAAACCUCCCUGCUAAUGGAAAUAGGGAUACUGCAGGCUCAAGCAGGCCUAUGGGAAUUACAAUUCAUGAUAAGUAA